AAAAGAGGUGUUACUCACAUGUAGUGGAAAGCCUUCAUGAUGUCGUCGAAACGUCCACGUCUCUCAAGUGAGGAAAAUGGAACAGCUAAACAUCCACGCAAAGAAAAAGAAGUUCAACAUGCAGGUAAUCACACUGCAAAGAAAGCUGAACCCAAUGAUGAAACCCAGCCAGAUGGAUUUAUUGUUGAAACUGAAACCUAUCAAGAAGUUUAUAUGGAAGAGAAAAUCAUCACUCAAUGUCAAAUGGCAUUGUUGCCGUCUUUUUUACAGAAAAAAAAACCAAAAACACAAACACUGACCUACAAGGUGUUGAUAUCUACUGGUGGUGAGGACAUAAGGAACUGUUACCUGACACUGCUGGACUCAAACAACGUGUACAGUCAAAAAGUCCUAGUGAAAAAAAACUGCUUUGCAAAGGAUGUCACCAUUGACAUCACAUCGGAAAAGACCCUUGGAAACAUUGUUAUGGUGAAACUUGAAAAUGACAAAUCUCAGUGGUAUUGUUGGGAUAUCAAAGUGAAAACUCCUACUGGAAAGUGUUUUGAGUUCCCAUGUUAUCGCUGGUUAGAUGGAAAAGAAGUGAUUCUCAGAGAGGGCAGUGCUCGACUGCCUCAGGAUGACGCCAAAUUCCUUCAAGAGCAAAGAAAAAGAGAACUGGAAUCUAGAAGGACAACGUUCAGUUGGAAGGAUUGGAGAACGAACUUCCCUCUGGGAAUUACAAGGGAUAAACUUCCUUCAGAGGUCAGGUUUAAUAAAGAAAAAAAAUGUGACUUCACUUGGAAUCUCGUGUCAGUGGGUGUAGAAUUAUUCCGGGACUCUUGUAGAAGUGUGUUUCAGUCCUGGGAAAAUCUAGAAGAUUUCAUACAGUUACUUAAAAGAUAUGACACCAAGGACACUCCUCUAGAGAACGUGAUCCAAGACUGGAAUACGGAUUACUUGUUUGGCUAUCAGUUCUUGAAUGGCUGCAAUCCUGUCAUGAUCAGGAAAUGCAUGAAACUUCCAGACAAAUUUCCAGUCACACAUGAGAUGGUGAAGGGCUCUCUGCAGAGAGGUCUCACGCUACAAGAGGAAAUAAAGAAAGGAAACAUCUACAUAGCAGAUUAUGAAAUCUUGCAUGGUUUGGAUGCCAAUAAGAGAGACGAAUGCAAGUACUAUUUGACUGCACCCAUCUGCCUACUGUACAAAAACAGACUGGACCAAAUUGUGCCAAUUGCCAUUCAACUCAGUCAAACACCAGGGAAAACGAGCCCAAUCUUUCUCCCAGACGAUAAUGCAUAUGAUUGGAUGCUGGCCAAGAUGUGGGUGAAAUCUUCUGACUUCGGUGUACACCAGCUGGUCACACACCUUCUCAAGACUCAUCUGAUAUCAGAGGUUUUUGAAGUGGCCAUGUACAGACAGCUCUCUACGGUCCACCCUGUAUACAAGUUACUGACACCUCAUGUCCGUUUCACAAUUGCAAUCAAUGCAGAGGCCCGUGAAAAGCUCAUCGGUGAUGACGGGGUCUUCAGCAGGAUUAGUAGCAUAAGUGGAAAUGGGAUGGAGCAAUUGCUGGGAAGGGCCAUGGAGACUUUAACCCUCAAGUCCCUGUGUUUCCCUGACACAAUAAAAGCUAGAGAAAUGGAAAAGGCACCCAAGUACUAUUAUAGAGACGAUGGCAUGAUGAUCUGGAAGGCAAUAAACGGUUUUGUUGCUGAUGUGGUCGAGAUCUACUAUGACGGCGAUGAGAAGGUUCAAAAAGAUGUGGAGAUUCAAGAAUUUGUUAAGGACGUUUCCAUAUUUGGCAUGCAGGAUUCUAAGGGUGACAAGUUUCCACAGUCUCUGAAUACUCGAGCGGAGCUAAUCGAGUACCUGACUGCUGUGAUAUUUACAGCUUCAGCACAACAUGCUGCAGUCAACUUUGGUCAGUUUGACUGGUAUGCCUGGAUCCCCAACAGUCCUUCCACCAUGCGCCAGCCACCUCCCCAACAGAAGGGUGAAACAGAUCUAAAAUUUAUCAUGGAUUCUUUGCCUGACCGUGGUUGUUCCAGUGAGGUUUUAGGAACAACUUGGGCCCUCAGUCGGUUCCAGGAAAAUGAGCGGUACUUGGGCAUGUUUCCAGAUAUGUGUUUUACGGAGCCAGCAGCGAAGGAAGCCAUUAAGAGAUUCCGCAAGACACUAGACGAGGUGACUGAUAUCAUCAAGUGCCGGAAUAAAGAAUUAACAAUGGAGUAUUGCUAUCUGUCCCCAAACAAAAUCCCCAACAGUGUUGCAGUUUAAGAAAAUAGCCUACUUUAAGUAACAUGUUGCAAGGCAUAACCAUAGCAUUACGGCCAAUGAAUGCAUGCCAAACACAGUGCACAACACAGAGAAUGAAACCGUUUUCAGAAAUGAUCUUUGAUUUAUGCUUUUUUCUGUAAAGACCUUAUUGGUCCGACUCAUGCUGGCAAAAACAUUUACACAUUUAUGUUAUAAUUUAUUUAUUAUUGUCUUUUCUUUUCUGCAUUAACAUAAACCUACAUAAUCCUUUAUCCAUGGUAUUUAUUGAAUCUUUUGAUUCAUAUUUAUUUACAUUACUCAUGGUAUAUUGUUUGUAGUCUGUUUUAAAUUAUAGUUUUUACUUUGAUUGAAAUUUUUAUCGUAUACAGUGCAGUUGUAUUGACACCUUACAUCUGUAUUGAUUUUGAUCAUCUUGUGUUUUGCUGUUGCUGUGGUGGAAGAAAUAAUGUUGAUUAUUAAAGGAUAAU